GCGAGCCCCGGGCCGCGACGGUUAAACCGGGCCGGAACCGCGGCGGCGGCGGCGGCUCGGGAGCGUCCAGCGGCCAUGCCCGCCCGGGUGGAGGACUACGAGGUGCUGCACACCAUCGGCGCCGGCUCGUACGGCCGCUGCCAGAAGGUGCGGAGGCGCAGCGACGGCAAGGUGCUCGUCUGGAAGGAGCUCGACUAUGGCUCCAUGUCGGAGGCGGAGAAGCAGAUGCUGGUGUCCGAGGUGAACCUGCUGCGCGAGCUGAAGCACCCCAACAUCGUGCGCUACUACGACCGGAUCAUCGACCGGGGCAGCACCACGCUCUACAUCGUGAUGGAGCACUGCGAGGGCGGGGACCUGGCCAGCGUCAUCGCCAGGGGCGCACGCGAGAGGCAGUACUUGGACGAGGAGUUUGUUCUCCGGGUGAUGGCUCAGCUGACGCUGGCCCUGAAGGAGUGCCACCGGCGGAGUGACGGGGGCCACACGGUCCUGCACCGCGACCUGAAGCCAGCCAACGUCUUCCUGGAUGGCCAGCAGAACGUGAAGCUGGGGGACUUCGGGUUGGCUAGAAUAUUGAACCACGACACCAGUUUUGCAAAAACCUUUGUGGGCACGCCCUACUACAUGUCUCCUGAGCAAAUGAGUCGCAUGUCCUACAAUGAGAAGUCAGACAUCUGGUCCCUGGGCUGCUUGCUGUAUGAACUGUGUGCGCUUAUGCCCCCCUUCACUGCAUUCAACCAGAAAGAACUGGCUGGGAAGAUCCGGGAGGGCAAGUUCCGGCGGAUCCCCUACCGCUACUCGGAGGAGCUUAACAGCCUCAUCGCGCGGAUGCUGCACCUGAAGGACUACCAGCGCCCCUCAGUGGAGGAGAUCCUGGAGCACCCUCUGAUCGCGGACAUGGUGGCCGAGGAGCAGAGGAGAAACCCCGAGAGGAGGGGUCGCCGUCCCGGGGAGCCUGAGAAGCUGCAGGACUCGGGCCCCGUUGUGAGCGAGCUCAGGCUGAAGGAGGUGCAGCUGCAGGAGCGGGAACGGGCGCUGCGGGCGCGGGAGGAGCGGCUAGAGCAGAAGGAGCGUGAGCUGUGCGUGCGCGAGCGGCUGGCUGAGGACAAGCUGGCCCGCGCUGACACUCUGCUGAGGAACUACAGCGCCUUCAAGGAGCAGCACUUCCUGACUCUGGCCUGCGGCACAGAGCAUUCUGAGUGCCCUGCGUCUGCAGCGAGGAAGAAAGUGCACUUUGGCGGCUGCAGAGAGAGUAAGGAGAACUUGCUGGGCGAAGGCGCCCCGAAACCCCCGUGCAGAGAGCUGAAGAAGAGGCUGCACGCGGCCCAGCUGCGCGCCCAAGCCCUGGCCGAGCUGGAGCGUAGCUCCCAGCUCAAGAGCCGCCAGAUCCUGGGCAUGCGCUAGCUGGGGCCUGGGCUGCCCUCCCGCCGCUCUCCUAGGACUG